UCACCACAGAAGAAGUCAAGUUGGAAGAGGCAGACCCCUGCAGUCAACACCAACACUGCUGCAGCCAUGUCUCUGAAGGACAUCAACCAGCUGAAAGAGCAGGGGAAGCAGAUGCACCUCAAGGCAGCAAGAACAGGAACUGCCCAUGCUGCACAUGUCUGCCAAGGUCAAGAGUGGCUCAGCAGCUUUGCUGCCUCCAGAAUGGAGAGCCAGCCUGAGGAUGCUGGCCCAGCCCUGACUCCCAUGGCACCCAAUGACCCAUACAGCAACCCAGAGUUCAGAACAGCCUUUGAGAGCACACCAAACAGCUGCUCUGACAAGACAUUGGCCUUGUACAUGAUGUGGAAGGGAUUCCAUGAGAAUUUAUGCAAGAGCACUGUGGAGAGCAUCAGGGCAGCAUUCAAAGACAUUUGGGCAAAUAAAUACCUUUCAAGGCAAGUGGGGUUCAAUGAGGCGAGGCAGCACUGGGAGGGGAACCCGGCAGAAUCAGCUGAUGUUCAAGACGUCCUGACUUCAAUCAAGCACAAGGCAAGUGUGGAAGCAGGCAAUCACAAGCACUCACUGCCCAUCACACAGGAUCAUUUGGAUUGGAUGUUGCAGUGGGCAUGCACACCACUGUUGGAACUUCUUGGUCUCAAGGUGUGGACACUGGUGACACACCACCUUGAGCAACUCACAUUUGCAUCCACAGCAUGGACACUAUGGACAAGGUCAGUGAGGCACAUCACAAUCAACUGCAUGAUGGUGGACCACACACUGGAAAAGUACCUUGGAAAUGAGCCACUGAUGCUGUCCAACAGGUCUGUCUACUUUGAGGUCUACCUAGCAAACCAAAAGGGGUGGCAGUGCAAGGUUGACAAGGGGAUGACCAAGGCUGAUCUCAUGCAUUUCCCUGCAGGCAACCAGUAUAAAAUCUUCCCCCAGCCUGAGCUCCCAGGAGCCAACUGCCUCCUGUGGCUGCCACUCUGGGUACACUGGCUUGAACAUGUCCACUACCAACAACCACUUGACCCUGAUGACAACAUCUUCCCUGCGAUGGGGGCUAAUGGUGUUGUACAGCCCCACAAACCAAUCUUGCAUGAUGCCAUGCAACAGUGGAUCAACAAAGCAAUGACUGGCAUGGGAAUUCAAGGCUCCUUCUCGACCCAUUGCUUUCAAUGGGGUGGAGCACAGUACAGGUUUAUGCUGGCCCCUGUUGGCGAGCACUGGUCCCUCAGAAAGGUCCACUGGUGGGGGGGCUGGGCUGAGGGGGAGCAUCAUAACACCCUCAUCCAAUACCUCCUAGAUGAGCUUUACUGUUAUGAGACAGACUACAGUGAUGUGCUUGCUCCAAUUGUACAGGAUGUGCAGGAUUCUCUGGUAGGCAAAUCUGCCCUCAUGCAACCUGUCACUGCAGAGGAGGUUCACACAGUCCAUGUGUCCAUCACCUCCAACAUUCAUGGCCUGUGGACCAGGAUGGGGCAGGUCAGUGAGUCCAUUCAUGAGCUUGCCACUGUCAUUCACCAAGGUAUGGCUGGUGCUCUGUGGCAGCCUUGCACUGGAUCUACAACUCAUGGUAGCUAUGCUAGUGUACCCCAUUCCAUUGCACCACCCUCACAGUCACAGCUGCUGCAUGGGCAUUCCAGCUUGAUCACACCCACACCUGUCCCCUAG